AUGGGUGCUAAUGAUGCCGCGUAUGGUGCGAUAAUUUCCUACCUUGAGGAAUACUACCAGAAAAGCUAUACGGUUGUUUCCCUAGUGUUUCUCUCCCCUUUUGCGGGCUACACUAUCUCUGCCUUUGUCAGCAAUUCGAUUCAUCAGCAUCUCGGUAGACGAGGCAUCGCCAUUAUUGGUCCUGCGUGUCAUUUACUCACUUUCACGAUAAUAUCCAAUCAUCCGCCGUUUCCGGUCCUGGUGUCCCUGUAUGUCCUCAUAGGAUUGGGCAGCGGUAUCCAGAAUGCGGCGUGGAAUGUGUGGAUCGGAAACAUGGCGAACUCGCAUGAAGUUCUCGGCUUCUUUCACGGAUUCUAUGGCAUUGGGGCUACGGCUAGUCCUCUUGUUGCUACCAGUUUGAUUGCCAAGGCUGGAUGGCAAUGGUACUCUUUUUACUCUCUAAUGGCUGGAGCAGCUGCUAUCGAGCUUAUCUACGCGACCAGCGCAUUCUGGCUUGAAACCGCGUCAAAGUACCGACAGGAGAAUUCAAACUCCUCAAACUCAAGCGGAAUGAUGCGCCAGACUCGCCUUUCCCUCACAUACAGGGCUACCUGGAUCUGUGCUGUUUUCCUCUUCCUCUACGGGGGCGUGGAAGUCUCCAUCGGUGGUUGGAUCGUCGUCUUCAUGACCAGUGUCCGCCAGGGCAGUGCAUUUGCAGGUGGUAUGACAGAAACAGGCUUUUGGCUCGGCAUCACAGUGGGCCGAUUUGUCCUUGGAUUCGUGUCGCCCCGAAUUGGCGAGAAGUCAUCCAUUGCUAUAUACAUGAUCCUUGCGAUCGUGCUUGAGGUCAUUUUCUGGCUCGUUCCUCAGUUCAUUGUUUCCGCACUUGCGGUCUCCUUUGUUGGGUUUUUCAUGGGAACGAUCUACCCCGGCGUUGUCGUGGUGUCAACACGUCUUUUGCCCAGAAACCUCCAUGUCGCUGCAAUAGGGUUUGCCGCUGCGUUUUCGAUGGGCGGGGGUGCUGUUUUUCCUUUCAUGGUCGGCGCCAUUGCACAGACAAAGGGGGUAAUGGUGUUACAGCCUAUUCUCCUGGCAAUGCUGACUGUGGCGUUAGCAAUUUGGGCAACACUGCUUAGAGUUCCGAAACUGGAGCUGCUACGUCGAGUCUUACCUGAUAGACCCUGA